UCCAUUUGUGCAAUGCCAAAGUCGCCGCCGCAGCAGAAAGCAAUCGUCUGCGUGGUGAUCACGACUCGCGAGCAUCCGCUACAGGAACGGCUGACCUGCGCGACCUGCUUGGAUGGCAGCCAUGGCGCCAACAAAGAACGACGACCAGCCGCUGCACAUCCUCUUCUUCCCUUUCCUCCUUCCUGGCCACCUUAUCCCGAUGGCCGACAUGGCCACUGUCUUCGCCGCUCGCGGCGUCAGGUGCACCGUCCUCACCACGCCCGUCCAAGGCUUCAACAUCCGCUCCGUCGUGGACCGUGCGAACGACAGCAGCGCCACCGGCACCCCGAUGUCCAUCUCCGUCGUGCCUUUCCCCGACGUCGGGCUCCCGCCGGCUGCCCAGAGCGGGAGGGACCUUGCUACCUCCGGGGACUACCACGACAGGUUCCUCCAGCCGGCGGAGCUGCUCCGUGAGCCCUUCCGCCGGUUCCUGUCAGACCACCACGCCGACAUCGACGCCGUGGUCUCCGACAGCCUCUUCCACUGGUCCGCUCACGCCGCCGCGGAGCACGGCCUCCCGCGCAUCGCGUUCCUCGCCACCAGCAUGUUCGCCCGUGCCUGCACCGACACCCUGCUGCGGUGCAACGUGUUUGAGUCGUGCUCUGACGACCCCUGUGCCGUCGUAUCCCUGCCGGGGCUGCCGCACCGUGUCGAGCAGCGGCGGAGCCAGAUGAUGGACCCCGCGAAGCGACCACAUGAUUGUGCGAUGUUCCAGCUCGUCCACGCCGCGGACCGGUCGAGCUACGGCGAGCUCUUCAACAGCUUCCGCGAGCUGGAGCCGGGCUACGCCGAGCACUACCGUGCCACGCAGCUCCGCCGCCGCGCGUGGCUUGUCGGGCCGGUCGCGCUCGCCAGCGGCAGCGUUGAGGACGUGGCGUCAAGAGGCGCCGUCGCCGGCGCGCUCUCGCCAGACGCCGCCGGGUGCCUGCGGUGGCUCGACGCCAAAACAGCCAGCUCGGUGGUGUACGUCUCCUUCGGUACGAUGACCAACUUUUCGCCAGAGCAGAUGCGGGAGCUCGCCCGCGGCCUCGACCUCUCCGGCAAGAACUUCGUGUGGGACAUCGCCAAGGGCAGCACCGCCGCGUCGUCUGACCCGUCUACGCCAGAGGCGAACCGUGGGUACAUCAUCCAAGGUUGGGCGCCGCAGGUGCUCAUCCUAAACCACCCUGCCAUCGGCGGGUUCGUGACGCAUUGCGGGUGGAACUCGACGCUGGAGGCCGUGAGCGCCGGCGUGCCGAUGGUGACGUGGCCGCGGUACGCCGACCAGUUCUACAACGAGAAGCUCGUGGUGGAGGUGCUCGGCGUGGGCGUGGGCGUCGGCGCCGAGGACUACGCGUCGUGCUUGGAGACCCACCGGGUGAUCGCCGGCGAGGCGAUCGCAGAAUCCAUCCGGAGAGUGAUGGGGGAGGAGGGCGACGGCAUGGCCAUGCGGAAGAAGGCGAAGGAGCUCGGCUUGAUGGCGAGGGGCGCGUUGGAGAAGGGUGGGUCGUCGUACGACGACGUCGAGCAGCUCAUGGAGGAGUUGAUCGCCCGCCGGAGUUCCGUCGGAUGUACCGCCGAUGGGCAACGGUGAUCCUCUAGCUAUCACUCGAUGUCACUGUGAAUUUGUUGUAACAUCAUUCCCGUUGUGUAUGUGUAUGCUAUCUCUAUCUGGAUUCUGGAGCGGCAGUGUGCAUUUGCUGUACAAGCACCUGAAAUUGUUUGAGUUCCUGGGGAAAUUUAAAUUUGUUACUGGUGUCGAAGAACUGGACCCCGGGCCGUACAUGUAUGUAGACGCGCGCUUCGCUGCGCCGAUUUUCAUUGUCGCGUUUGCUGUAUAGUUCUUUGUCAUUUUCC